UUAACCAACUGCAAACUCCUAUUGGACGAUCCUACUGUAAUGUGUAAAGUGAAAGUGUACUGCAUGUUUUAUUGAAAAAUCCUGCAAAGUUGUGGUUUAAAUUAAAUACAAUCUCGGAAAAUAUGUACUGACUGCAGUAGUUAAGGGGACAUCCAUAUAAAUUCUAAAAUGUCUGGUUUAAUCAGUCGUUUUGGGUUUGUCAGUGAAAGUGUAAGAAUGUUUACAGGAUGAAACUUGUUGACUAAGAUGAUCUGUCUUUCUUGCAGGAGUCUGAAAUGCUGAUGGAGGUGAGCUACACAAAUGGGCUGGAGACCGACCUCUCACAGCAGUAUCCUCCACCCUUACUACCAAAGCCAGGCAAAGACAAUGCACGUCUUCAAAAAAUCAAGAAGAAGAGAUCCAAGAAAAAAGGCAGUCUCUCUCAGACUCCUGUUCCUUUUCGCUCCUGCUUAUCACCAGUCAAUGAAGCGAGCACAGACUUAGAGCACAGUGACCAGUCCAGCCCGCCGAGGUCACCAGACACAGUAUAUAUGGCGGACACUGUCACGUUGUCUAAUUUUCCCUCGGACUCAGUUUACAGUCCCUCUGGAUCAGCGUUUCCUCCUGCUCAGAGCAGUUCUCUUGGACCGGCUGACAGCUCCUCCCUCAAGUCUCAAACCAACCAGACAAGGAGUUAUAAUGAGCAGGUUGCUCCUCUAUAUGAAUGCUCCUCUUUUUUAUUUGACGAUGCAUCUCCAUUUAUGCCACCUAGAGUUAUAUCUCCGCCCCCUCUACCUGAGCAAGUGCAAGCAACAGCACCUCCUCCUGCUGUGAAUUCAGAUAAAUCGCCAAACUCUUCUGGCCCUGCCACAACAGUUGCACCAGUCACUGAAUUAGAGUCUAGCCCUAAAAUAUCGACCCACACUCUUACCCUGUGUCCAGCCACCCCCAACUGUGGCACAGGCCUGACACCUUCUCCUGUUGCAGACCUUCCUCCUGUUCCAGUGCUGCUAUCAGUUUCAAACACUCAGGCGCAACCUUUUGUUCCUAACCAGAGAGAGCCAAGCACCAUUUUAAAUGACAGCUCUAUGAGUCAAAUUGCAAUAUCCACUGCCAGAUCUUCCAUUAAUGGCAACUUUGUUCCAAGCCAGAUGCCCUCUGAGAUAACUGCAUCGAAAAUAUCACUUGUUCAAGCUGUGAAGGAGUCAAGAUCAGACACACCACAAACCAGGAUUUACACUUCAAAGGCAACAUUUUAUGAAAUCUCUAAACCCCCCUCUAUCCAGGACUUAACAGAACUCAACCAUUCUUUUCCAGGAACAUCAGUACCCUACUUAUCCAGAGAAAGGAUGUUGCCAGGGGUGAGAAGUGAUGAGAUUAUUCAUGUAUCAAGGACCCCAGGUGGACGACCUAAGACCCCUUCUUGGAGACCAACUCAGGUAUCAACACCUACUUUUGAAAUAUCCAAACCAAACCCACUCUUAUUCAGUCCAAGUCCUGCUUUUAACUGCUCCCAAGACUUCCAGGUUCCACGUGUUUCCAUAGAAACAACACAGCUUAAACUGGCCAUUCAUACUAGCAGUGUAAUCAAACCCGCAACCACAGAAGAACUGAAGAGAAUGGAUAUUUGUCAAAACACUCCCAUCAAUCAUAGGAGCAAGAGAGACAAAGAGACUCCACAUGUUGGAAGGAGCACACUAAAUUUGAGCAUCACGAAUGCAGAGCUGUACCAACAACACAGUUUCACUCCAAGUAUCCUUGCACCAGUAACCGCUGCGGAUAAACCAACAUUGACAGAACAUGUUAACCAUGAACCAAACCAAAAUCAAGAUCAGGUUGAAAAAAGUGAAGCUUCAUUUCUACCAAAGCUCCCCUCAUUUCUGUCUGUAUCUAACAGUCUUGAACCCACACCCCUGAUUUUAGUGCCACCUGCACUAAGUCCAAGCCUCAAUCAUUUCAAUAACCGCCCUCCUGUGUUUGAAGCGCGCAAGUCUUUGACAUCAUUAUUGGAGGGUCAGAUGUCUCUAGCAGCAUCAAAGGCCAUGUCACGAUCAACAUAUUAUGGACUAACUCCCACUGAGUAUCUGGCCUUCGGCGGAAUUAGGACAUCGCAUCACAGCCCUGUUCCGUGCAGGGUCCAAACAAACAUCCCAAAAUGUGACCUACAGAAACCCGACCGUCAAGAUCCUAACUCUUUUCAGGAGGCGUCUGCUGCUGACAGUGUUCAGUCUCCAUCAUCUCCAAAGGAUCCACAGACUCCAGCAGGACUGACUGUGACGUGUAGUAAAGAUGUACAUGAUGAAAGUCACUCUGCAGCUCAAAAAACUGGAGCACAAUUACUUAAAACGUCUAGUGGGGACACAAUAAAACCAGAGAUUUCACUUGCCAUGGCUCAGAAAACAAUGCACCAAUCCACAAUUGAUGUAUCUACACCAAAAGCCUCACACUCUGGGGCUCCAAUACCAAUGCCUAAACCAGGUGAGGUACACCCACAAAGAGCAGUACAAUUUUCGAUUGAGAAAGCACAAUACACAACUCCAUUCCUGUCUGAUAACAAUGGUCUGGUGGGUCCGUCCUCCCUUUCAGGAAAAGUACAUUUAAAUACUGAUACACAGCAUAAUGUUAAAAGUAGAUGCGUUGGAGAAAAUUUUGAAAAUUUAAAAAAUGAAGAAAACAAAAUAUCAAAAGUGAUAGAGUCAGAACUAAAAGAGAAUACACUAGCCCAAACUGGUAAUGGAAUCAGUCCAUCAAUAACCAACAGAUUAAAUGUUCAACUGGCUUCUAAGCCAGACAAUGGUAGCCCAGAAGGUCAGUCCUUUACUGUAGAAAAACAACAAGCCACUAAUAUAAUUAAAGACUACGUUAAAAGCAUCCAGCAAGCCAAAGACAACAGCCCAAAUAAUUUCCUUAACAAAAAAAGUGCCGUACUCCAGGUCGUCAAAGAACCCGACGCUGCAAACACAGAACCCCUGUUGUCCCACGGGCCUGUAACAGCAUCUGUAUGUACUGCACAGUCCAGUAUCUGUGCCGUUACCUUUAGUGAAACAUCCACUAAACUCACGCAGCAACUCAGUGCAAAACCUCAAUCACAAUUUCAUAGUCGAACACUAGAGAACACAAACGAUUUUCAUGGAGCAGGUUCUUCUGCCCGACCUGUGCCAAACCAAUCUGCUGUAGGUAUUACCUCAAUACCAGGCAAACCAAGCACAGAUGUCAAACACCCCGGCCUUUCCUUUACUGCUAAGAAAAUGCCAAACAUGUCAGACAUGAAAUCUCCAUUACAGGUAGACACCUUCAGUGUGCCAAAACUGGAGCCCAUGAAUAUAAACAAUAUCAGUAAUAAUGUCAUAGUGGACAAACAGAACAUCACUGGAUUUAAUGUAAAAGAUAAAGCCGUCUUUUCAAUUAACAGCACAACACUUGGUGUUACACCAGACACUGUCUCUUCUCUCUAUGUCUUAGCUAAAGAAGCAAAUUCGUCUAGAAGAACAAAAUAUGAGGCCGCGUCUCUACCAAACUCCAAUACUACAAAUUCUAACAGAGUUCGAAGUACACCAGUACACACAGACCAGAAUCCAUACCUCAACAGUGAAAUGGCACCUAGUGAAAAAACACAGGAGAAACACAUUCCCACCAUAUCCAUCACAGUAGAGAGCACACCAGCAGACACGUCUUCUGCUCUGUCCACAGGAAAUGUAGCACUGACAUCAUCCAGCAGCGACACCAAACCGCUUAACAAAUCACCAAUAGUUCAGAGACGUUCCAGGGACAUUGUCUUACAUGGACAACCAGGAAAUACGGCGGUUAUCCAUCACAACAGACCUGCUGUUGAAGAUGUUCCUAGAACCCAACUUAGUUUAGACAGUUGUGCUUAUCAUAUUCCUGCGUCUGUAGCACAAAUACCUCCACAAACUAUGUCACCAAAUAUAGCAGACCAAUCAACUACCUGCAAAACACUGCCCAUAACUGGGAUGCUGAGCAAACCAAAUGUACUGUAUAGCCCUAAAACACCACAUAUUCCACCAAAAAGUCCUCAGUUAGUGUCAGAGAGACCUAAGAGUCGAUCUCUUUUAAAACACUCACCUGGCACCGUUGAGCAAACGGCAGGUGCAGAUGUUGAUAUUCUCGCUGAAAAAAGAUCGUCUGCGUCACCUGCACCUCAAAACCUACCUACAACUACAUUGAAAGGAACAUCUUUUACUGAGCUGGUUGAAGACAGAUCUCAUGCAUGUCCCACUCCAACAGCUAAGCAAAAUCAAACUGUCAGCAACAAGUCUAAAUCUCCUGUCCCAUUUCCUGCUACCUGUGAAUCACCUGCUGCUGUAGAACCACAAACAAUUACAAUACCAGUUACAACGUUUCCUAAAAACUCUAUGGUGAACACCAAACAUAUAGUUAAGGAAAAAUCAGUCAAAGACACAAAUAUAAAUAUAGAAAGUGUUUCAAACGCAGUGAACACUAGUUUACCUGCAACUGCACAAAACAAUAACAACUUUAUUGAAGCAAACAAGGAUUUAAAAACAGCACUUAUCCCUCAAACAGACACUCAAUCCUGGCCUGCAUUGAGAUCUUCCCCUCUCCCUGCACCCCGAGCUCGUAGAACCCGUGUACAAACCAACAGUCCAAACAUAUUGAAGGGAUCUCAAACUCCAGUGGUUUUAAACAGUACCAUAGAGUCAAACUCUUUACCGGGCACCAAGAUAGACCAGAAGAACCCAUCGGUUCAAAAUAAUGCACCAACACUUUUACCACACACAGAACAGAUCCCACAAAUCAAUCAAGACCGACUUGUAGACAACAUAGUUCCGAGGGUGAAAGACAAUUCUCAGACAAAUAAGAUACAAUCAAAUGUGCCACAAAUAUCUAGUAGAGAUAAUCGUUCACCCUUCAAACCUGAAAAUAAUGCUUCAGCACAGUCGGCACAUUCAGCUUCAGCCAGUAAAGCUACAACUAUUACAAAACCUCCGGGUAAACAGGUCGGAACCAGACCUCCUUCAGCCACUGUGGAAACACAGCCCUCAGUUGUAGAAAAUUAUUCUUCAAAGUCCACCCCAGUUUGGGACAGGAUUAGCUUGCACACCAGAAAUGAUCAGGCUGCAUUAGAGCCACCAACACAGAACAUUUCCCCUGCAAAGUCUGCACCAGAUACUGACAUGAAACCAUCCGUAGUUAAGGCUGCUGUGAUUGACUCUGCCACUCCUGCCUCUCUGCCUCAGGCCUCAGUCUCAGUCAAAGCACCAUCCCCAAACAGAGGAACAUCACAGUCAUCUCAGCAAAAAGCUGGACUCAAGGACAAGGACAAUGUCAAGACCAAAGCUACAGCUGGACAGACGAAAGCUCCGGCAGCCGAACCCUCCACGAAGUCCAAGACAUCAACUGCAUCUUCAACUGCUGACAAGACAGGUGCUCCUGCAGAGAACACUAGUUCUAUGACUGAACCAAAAGGUGCCACAAAGUCCAAAGGCCUUAAGGCUAAACUGAGUGGGUGGACAAGGCUGAAAAAACACAUGGUUGUUGAACCAGAUGAGCCCCAGUUUCCAGAGGCCAACGCCAAGGUGGAUGACAGUUGCAGCAAGGACAUCGUAGAUCCAGGAGGUGCAGGUAGUGAUGCAACAAUGGAGGAACAAGAUGAUGGUCAAGACAUAGUUAAAAAGAACGAAGGCCCCAGGGCACUGAAGAUGUGGGAUGCCCUCCUCUUCCAGAUGUUCUCCACAAAGGAUCGGAUCAUGAAUCAAAUCAACAUGAACAAGAAAGAGUCAAACGAGAAAAAGGUUUCCAAAGACAGUCAGAAAGAAGUUCCUUCUUUUGUCAAUCGCCUACCGAUCUUACUCUACAGUCCUCGUUUUGAUGCCAGGAAGCUCAAAGAGGCAGCAGAGAAGCCACUGGCUAAGAUUGCAGCAGUAUUUGGGAAGGGGCUGUUAAAACGCAGAACUCAAGAGGAGGAACAGAAGGACUUUAAUAGAACUGCUAGAGGGUUUGGUUCCAAAAACAAAAGUUGAAAUGAAGUGAAGCACAGUUUGCAUUUUUUAGUAAUUACCAGAUUAAAACAAUUUGAAAUCACAUAGCUUUAGAUCAGACAUUAUUAAGAUGAAUAAUAAGAUAAAAUAUUGAAAUCAUUUGGAAUAGUGCACAUUUCUUUAACAAGAAUAUUUCCAUAAGCUUUAAAUUAAACAUUAAUGACUUCAUAUUUAAGAAAUUAAUGAAAGUAGCCAUAUCAUAAAACGUAUUUCAAUUUUUAGUUGGUUUGCUAAUAUGACAUACAGAAGCUAAUAAAAAGAACUUUAUGAUGGUCGAAUAUAUAUUAGGAGGACAACGUGCUUGCACUUUAUUGGUAAUUAUGUAAAAGUUUUAAACAAAAGUUAAUAGUACUGUGAU